AUGGCGACUCCCAACAAAGACUACGAUGCCGUGCGCAAGGACAUUGCCAAGGUGAUCCCCCGCCCCGAUUACGACGAUGGGUCAGCUGGACCCGUAUUGGUUCGCCUGGCUUGGUGAGUUGCGGAUUGCUGUUGGUGCUCCGUAUCUGUCCGGGCGCUGCGAUCGUCGUGACGUUGCCCGACUCGGUGCUGACCAUCGGAUCCGUGGUGGGCGCGGGCAGGCAUGCGUCGGGCACUUAUGAUGAAAAGACCAAGACAGGAGGCAGCAACGGUGCUGGCAUGCGGUAAGCCUCGAUUUAUCAUCGUGUGGUUCCAUGUGUCCACGGUGGUCGCUGGUAUCGAAGUUAACCAUGUCCCUUAUAAAACCGUUUUGCCACACCGACCGACUUACCGAUCGCUCGCGCUUUCACGCUCAUUCGGGCCACCCACCGUUAGCUACGAAUGCGAAGGCGGUGACCCAGCCAACGCGGGCUUGCAACACGCCCGUGUCUUCCUCGAACCCGUCAAGGAAAAGUACCCUUGGAUCUCGUACGCCGACCUGUGGACCCUCGCCGGCGUCGUCGCGAUCAAGGAGAUGGGCGGCCCCGACAUUCCCUGGAAAGCCGGCCGCACCGAUUUCACCGACGACUCCAAGGUUCGCACUCCCGGUGUUAUUUGGUUGCGUUGAUCACCCUAAUUCCGCUAGGCUGACUGUGAUCCACUCUUUACGUCAAAUUAGUGCCCUCCCCGGGGUCGAUUGCCCGACGCUGCUCUGGCUUCGGACCACUUGCGAGACGUUUUCUACCGGUAAACAGAUUUUCUGCCCGCCAGAGCUCAGAUACUUGAUUCGGAAUUACCGACUGACUCGUCUUUUAUUACUUUUUAGAAUGGGCUUCAACGACCAAGAAAUCGUGUGCCUGUCCGGCGCACACUCGCUCGGAGUAAGUUGCUGUCGUAAAUGCUCGAUGUCUCGGCGCAGCAGUUGACGCACCCCACUCUUCCGAAUCGCAGCGAUGCCACAGCGACCGAUCCGGCUUUGAAGGCCCCUGGGUGAGGCUGUAAUCCGAAUUCUUUGUUGUGGCAAAUCCAAACUCACCUCACCCCACUUUAUGUCCACUAGUCCAUGUCCCCGACCAAAUUCUCGACGCAGUACUACCGCAUGUUGACCAAGUUCAAGUGGGAAAAGAAGGAUUGGACCGGACCGUUCCAAUACAAGAAUGAGGAUCUCGGCGAGGAGCUGAUGAUGCUUCCGACCGACUUGGCCUUGAUCGAAGACCCCAAGUUCAAGCCCUGGGUCGAGAAGUACGCCGCCGACAGGGACUUGUUCUUCUCGGACUUCUCCAAGGCGUUCGCCAAGCUGAUCGAACUCGGUGUCGAUCGAUCCGAGCCCGUGAGUGUGAAUUCGUACAGUGUCGUGGUACGUCAGAGAUCGAGCAUUUGUGCUGAUGACCCUAUGAUCAUUCCACAACAGUACAAGCCUGCUCCCAAGAAGAGCGACGAGUUGGGUGCGCCCGAGCACGGUGAUGGUCUCGGCCACAAGGGCGUUGGCAAGGCCAAGCUUUAA